CCCGGAGCGGCUCGGCGGCGGCAGCAUGCUGAGCCCGCGGGAGCGCGGCGGCGGCUUGGCCCGCUUCUACACGGUGACGGAGCCGCGGCGGCACCCCCGCGGCCACACCGUCUACAAGGUCACGGCGCGGCUACUGUAGCUGCAGAUGUUCUGCCUGUGGGAGCAACAGAUGUUUAUGUGCGCCCCUUCCCUCAACUCAAAGAAUCCAGCAUUCUCCGUAUUGUUUCAAGAAAAAAUCCAGAGGAUGUUCAGGAGAUAGUCGUUUGGAAGAGAUACAGUGACUUUAAGAAACUGCACAAAGAUCUCUGGCAAAUUCAUAAAAAUCUAUGCAGACAUACAGAACUAUUCCCACCUUUUGCCAAAGCAAUAGUAUUUGGGCGAUUUGAUGAAACUGUGAUUGAAGAAAGAAGGCAAUGUGCUGAAGAUCUCUUGCAGUUUUCUGCUAACAUCCCUGCUCUCUAUAAUAGCAAACAACUCGAAGAGUUUUUUAAGGGUGGGGAGGUGCAUGAUGGUUCUGAACUGAUUGGUCCUGUUGAGCCUCUGUCUGAUUCUCUGACUGACAACUUGUCUGACUGCAGCUCUGAAGUUCGGAAGGAUUUAAGUGGGCUUGAUGAUGUGACACUCACCAGCCAAUCUGAAUGUGGAGGACUCUCCAGUGACAGUGACCUGAUCUCUCUGACAGUUGACGUAGACUCUCUUGCUGAAUUAGAUGAUGGAAUGGCAUCCAACCAAAAUUCCCCCACCAGGGCUGUUGGCGUUGGCCUUUCCUCUGAGUCCCCAGCACAAAGCAUGGUGGCAUCUGAGCAGGAGUGGAGCAAAACUGAAGGCGAGAGAGAGAGCCAUGGUUUGUUUAGUGGAAGCUUAAAACCCAAGCCUGGCAAACAAGAUUACUUGGAGAAAGCAGGGGAAUUGAUAAAACUGGCCUUGAAGAAGGAGGAGGAAGAAGACUAUGAGACUGCCUUCAGCUUUUAUAGAAAGGGGGUUGAUCUGCUUCUGGAAGGUGUUCAAGGUGAAUCAAGUCCAACUCGUCGAGAAGCAGUGAAAAAGAAGACCGCAGAAUACCUUAUGCGUGCUGAAAAAAUUUCCAGUCUCUACCAUAAACCCUCUGAAGAUGCAUCCAUUUCUGUGCCUCCAGGAUCACUAAGUUCAAGGCCCUCUUGGAACCUAAGGAGCCCUGCCGAGGAACUGAAGGCCUUCAGAGUCCUUGGGGUGAUUGACAAGGUUUUGCUCGUAAUGGACACUAGGACACAGCAGACUUUUAUACUGAAGGGUCUAAGGAAAAGUAGUGAGUACAGCAGGAGCAGAACGACCAUCAUCCCCUGCUGUGUGCCCAACAUGGUGUGUCUGCACAAGUACAUCAUCUCCGAGGAGUCUGUCUUUCUUGUGUUACAGCAUGCAGAAGGAGGAAAACUAUGGUCUUAUAUAAGUAAGUUCUUAAACAGAAGUCCUGAAGGGAGCUUUGAAAUAGCUGAACUCAAAACAUCCAGUUCAACUAAAAUUCACCUGGAGCAGCCGACACCUAGUCCUAAAGAAAUCGGUAGCAGCACUGAUUCCAGAGAAAGCUAUGGGGAGAGGAUGCUGAAGGUGGUCCCGCUGAAGAGCAGCCUAACGCCGAGCUCUCAGGAUGACAGCAGCAACCAGGAGGACGGCCAAGAGAGUUCCAAGUGGAUGGACUCAGGGUCCAGCUCAGAGGAAGAAUGCACUACUAGUUAUUUAACAUUGUGCAAUGAAUAUGGGCAAGAGAAGAUUGAUUCUGGCUCUCUAAAUGAGGAACCUGACAUUAAACUGGAGAACAAAGGUCUAAAUACCAAGGAGAGAAGUUGCUUGCAGACGUGCACUGUUAUUGGCAGUGAUAGCUUCAGCUCUCAGAUUGCAUCUCAGGAACUAAAGCUUUUCAUUGAUGAUGCUGAGUCAGAAAUAGCUAGUCCUACUAGGAUAUUGGACUCAUUAAAUAAAUCAAAGAACAGCCCCAUGGAACUCUUCAGAAUAGACAGUAAAGAUAGCACCAGUGAACUUCUGGGGCUUGAUUUUGGAGAAAAAUUAUAUAACCUAAAAACAGAGCCUUUGAAGCCAUUAUUUUCUGCCCCAGAUCAUGACAGAAGCUUUGAUGCCCUGGAAAACAAAAUGGGUGUGAGAGCUCAUGACACCAUAAGCAGAGGUUCAAAUGACUCUGUGCCAGUGAUCUCCUUUAAGGAUGCUGCUUUUGAUGAUGUAAAUAGUGUUGAGGAAGGAAGGCCUGAUCUCCUAAUAAACUUACCUGGUAUGUCUGAUGAAACAGAGGAGGCAGCAGUGUCAAGGCCAACAAAGUUUACAAAAACUGAUAUGAACAUCUUGGAAGUAAAAUUAUUAGAAGCGCCUGAUGUCUUACAAUUAAAUAAUUCUGCAGAACAAUGCAAAGCAUUUGAUCAAGAGCCAAAUCACGUGGCACCAGAACUGGGCAAUCCUUCCCAUGAAGAAGCAAAUGGACAAAGAGGUGUCACUCAGGGAGCUCUUGGGAGCCUCUUUACAGCUGAACCAGAGGUAGGUAGUUCAGAAGAUGGGGCUCUGUUUCAAGGGCUUGGAGCCUGCUCCUUAAACAUGACAAGCAAAGAAGAAAGUUUAUGUGUUUCCGGCUCGCUCUCAGGUGCUAAAGAUGUUAGUUUAGAUAGAGACAUGAUAAGAGACGAAGCUGUGUUGCUGUUUUCUGAUCAAACUGAAGACUUUGGGAAAGAGGAAACAAACCCGGCUUUGUUACCAGCAGCUGAAAGUGAAAAGACAGUACCAAAGAGUGAAGAUGAAAUAGCAGUAGCAGGGGAGAAGGAAAUACAUCACAUUUUUCAGGACCUCGACGAAAGAUUAGCGAUAACCUCCAGGUUUUAUAUCCCAGAGGAUUGCAUUCAAAGAUGGGCAGCUGAAAUGGUUGUAGCCCUUGAUGCUUUACAUAGAGAAGGAAUUGUGUGCCGCGAUUUGAACCCAAACAACAUCUUAUUGAAUGAUAGAGGACACAUUCAGCUAACGUAUUUUAGCAGGUGGAGGGAGGUUGAAGAUUCCUGUGACAACGAUGCCAUAGAGAGAAUGUACUGUGCCCCAGAGGUUGGAGCUAUCCUGGAAGAGACAGAAGCCUGUGACUGGUGGAGCCUGGGUGCCAUUCUUUUUGAACUCCUCACUGGGAAGACUCUGGUUGAGUGCCAUCCAUCAGGAAUAAACACACACACUUCUUUGAGUAUACCAGACCAUGUAUCAAAGGAGGCCAGAUCACUGAUUCAACAGCUUUUGCAGUUUAAUCCUGCGGAGCGUCUUGGUGCUGGUGUUGCUGGUGUUGAAGACAUCAAAUCUCAUCCAUUUUUUGCCCUUAUAGAAUGGGCAGAUCUGCUGAGAUGAGAUGCAUGCCCUCUGAACAAACUCAGGUCAAGCGGACAAGUUUCUCUGGCACAGGAGCACCCUGAUUUGCUUCCCUAAGCUGUCCCGAAUCACUUGGACAUGAUGAAUAAAGGACGCUGGAGUAAUCAUGCCAAAAGUGAACACUCUUACCAGGAAUCACUGAUUAUACAGGGUGCUAGUUUAUUUUUACUGCAACUGGCUGCUGUAUGCGUGUGUAAACCUUUUCACCAAAAGAUGGUUUGUGAUGAAACUGCUGGGUAGCAUGUUUAGCACUGCCAGCUUGUCGACUAAGUAGAAACAGGAAUACACUCCUGGUGCUUUGUCUGAUGACGGAAAUGUCUAUAGAGUGUGCCAGUUGAAAGUAUCUUUUAUAGUGUCAAUAGACCACUUCCCUAUGCUAAGUGCAGCUGUGUUGGGGGGGAAGGAACAAAUAAUUUAUUAAUGGUAUAUGCUGAAUAAAAUACUAAAAUGCUUUAUGCGAAACUUGACACAAAAAAUAAUAUAUCCAUUAAAAAUUAAGAAAGCUGUUGCAUAAUACUGUGGAAUGCUUCUUGAAAAUGGCAUAUCAUUUCAAACUGUGGAAAGAGCAUAUAAAAAGCAAACAGUCCUGUCAACUGUUGUACUUUGUUGGCUGGCAGUGUCUCUUUAGAACUCUUGACUCCAUUAUAUUCGAUGAGUUAUGUGUCGAAGUCACUACAAAAAGGGAAAUCUUUUCCUCAACCAGAUAAAUACUGUUUCAGCAACCUAAUAAGGACCAAGAAGACACAAUGCUAAAUAAAUAUAUGGAUUAAAAAAGAAAAAAGCUCUUCUCUCAUUAUUGCAACCACCGCUUUAUCACUUAAUGAACUUUACUUCCUCUAAGUGUCCUCUUUCUAACCACUUCUUGUGAAAACAACCUUACUGCUCAUACUCUUCUGCUCGAGAAACCUUCUGAAUUCUUCUGUUUGUGAAUAGUCUUAAUAAAUGAAAGAAAGUCUUCACCCUCUCUGCUGCACUAGAAGCAGGAAGAAGCCUGGGAUUUGCUCAUGCCAAAUGACUAAGUGACAUCUCUGAGCAAACCCUAGCGGGUAAGACUUGGGAGUGAGCCAAUUAGCUGACCUGUUUGUUUGUUAGUAGGGUCUGAAGAAUGGGAGAAGAAUAUAAGACGUGCAGAAUAUUUUUGCUGUACACAGCUGUUGCUGCUACCCAGCCGUGCUUGUAUGGGUUCCUGAUGUGUGCACAAAAGCUGUAUGCUGCCGUUCUUGUACAUAUUAUGGAUAUAUGUUCUUUUCUAAAUGUUCCCUUGUCUCUCACUCACUCUUUUUUUUCUUCUCCCCAGCUUUAUCCGGAGAACAAAGGGCAAAUUCCUUUGGGAAAGUGAGGUGACAGCAAUGAUUAUUAAAUUUACAACCCCCCAAAAAGUGUCCCUCCCCCUACUUGUAUUUUAGCAGUGUAUUUUAUGGGCACUCCCAAAAGUGCAUCUGCACGGUCUCCAUCUGUUAGACACCAGGUCGGUGCAUUCAAAUAAAGUGGAAAAGGAAAAUACUUCACUUAAACAAAGGAAAUCUGGAAACUUUUUUUUUCCUUUUUAAAUUAUUCCACUCCCCUCUUUUUUUUCUUUCUUCCCUUUCUUGUGAUCACCAAGCCAGCAGAGGGGCUGUAACAACACUGCAGGUUGUAACCAGGUCACUAGUAUCAUUGCCUACGGAGUGCUGUCCAAGAUUACAUCACUCUCAGAAACUGUGUUUCAACCUACCACCCUCUGGCUUCAUAACAGGAACUCCCUCAGGUGAGCCACAGGAACAACGUCCUGUGCCGAGCUGGUAGGAAAUCUCUAAUGCUGAGACCAAGCUGAUACAGAGCUUCCUUCCAGCACUGCCCUGGCUGUGACUUUGGAGAGAGCUCAUUGCUCAAGGGAAACCUCCCUUCCCUCUGCCACCUGACUCCAUCCCUUGGGUUCUCCAGUCGCUAACGCUACCAGAUAAAUGUUGUUGCCCAUGUUGACCCAUCCCAUUGCAUUUGCUUGGCAAUAGCUGUAAAAAAAGUUUUCCACGUUACCUUUGAAUGCUCUUGUUCACGUUGUGCCCACGUGCUGGUUGCAAGUGAAGGCAGUGUGAAAUAGCUGGAAUCUGUAAAAACAGAAAGAAAAUGCUGUUCUAGCAGAAACCAAAUGACCAUUCAUUCUCAGCAGAAAGCAUUUGAUUUAGUUAAGGACAUAGAAAUGUUUCUUUUUCAAGUACAAUGUAAGUAGUGAGGAAAUCUAGAUCACAGAGAUUAGAAGGAAUUGGGCACCUGGCAAUACCACUUGCCCUAAAUGAGCCUUUGAGAUGCUACUCUAUUUUUCAUAACGUUACAACUGAAUCAAGAAAUGUUUUUGCUAAAGCAAGCUGAUUACACAAAAAACCCUGCUUCUAUCCUUUUUUCCUUUAACACCCAUUAUGCUGUAUUGAUGUUUACAUGUAUUUAUUUAAUAAAACCUGUCAAGCCUAA